AUGAGUCAAACCCAAACUUCAGAGAGCGACAUAAUUGCCUGGGGCGCGCUUCCAGUUGAGAAGUACAUAUUGGUGAGUAGGAGUCAGAAUUCGAUCAAGGGCGCGAGAAAGGCCACUCUUGGCUCACCUAUCACCAGCAAAAAUGGGACAAAUCCUCACCAUUCUCGAUCGAAGAACAGCGAAGUGAAUUGAUCCAGGCAUUCAUCAAAGAGGAUGACGUGGACCACGCGCCAUUGCCCGAGGCAGAAUUGGCCGACGACGAUGUGCAGGAGCUGAUUCGGUCGGUCCUCGUCCCCUGGCGCUCGCAGAAACUGCGCGUCAUCGCAAAAAGCUAUAUGACGCACGCAAAAGGCCUCUUCAGCGAGUUUGUCGUUCUGCGCACAUACUAUGGCGGGGGCGUAGAGGAUGAUGAGACACUGAGGCAGUGGCUCAAAGAAGCCGAUCCCUACGACGAGAUGUUUCGUGGUCCUGACGAGAGAUCGUGGCAGAUUCUCGACGACGUGGAGCUUUUUGACAUGGGGACGGAGGAUUGGCAGAGCCUGUACGGGAUAUUCCCCGAGUUCGCUGCUCCUCUCAGUCACCGCGUAUUUGGCCCGAAGGAAAUUCAAGACGUCAGGGACACGGCGACUGAGAUCUGGGAGGGGAGAGAGCGGGAACCGGAGGAAGAUGAUUUUGAAGACAUUAUCAUGGAAGCUGCCAGCGUGGGCCCUUGGCUGCUCGUGGCAGACCAGCAAGCCUUUCAGGAAGGGGAGCUGGGACUCGUGUAUCGAGAUGCAAAUGGAUAUAUCGUCAAAGAAGGAACGAUUAAGCCGGAGGAUGUGCAGACGAUGGUGAUAUACAAUUUCCGGGGGGCUCUAUCAGAGUCGGAAUUCUGGACCGAUACAAAUGCAGGACCAAAGUACAGGUCACGAGGCCGGGCCAUGCGCAGGGUGCUGCCCGCAGUGA